AUGCCCCUCUUCCGCGCAUGCGACAGCCCCGCCUGGAAGACAGUAGGCGAAGUUAUUGCAUUCAUUGCCCAGGUCUUUGAGGCAAGUGGCACACAGUUCAUGCAUGAACAUCACUUCGCACACAGAGACUGUCAAAUCAUGAACAUAUUGUACGAUCCCAGGCCGCUAUACCCCAACAUGUUCCAUCCAUUGAAGUACUACUUCAUUGACUUCGGGCUCUCGCGCCGGUAUGACCCAAUGGACGGCCCGCCUCGGGAGCACCCCAUCCGCGGGGGAGACAAGUCCGUCCCGGAGUUUCAGCCUGGUGUUUGGAAGGGCGAGCUCCUCGACCCGUUCCCCACGGACAUUUAUUACCUCGGAAACUUGAUCCGCAUGGAUAUCAUGAAGGCAUAUCGCGGCAUCGAGUUUCUCGUGCCUCUUGUGAAAGACAUGGUCCAAGACGACUCAGCCAAGCGGCCGACAAUACAAGAUGUCGUCCGGCACUUCGACGAGCUGGUGAGGCCUCUGAAGUCCCGUCAGCUGCGCUCUCGACUCGUUCCGCGCAAGGAGGAUGCCGAAGAUGCGUUUUUACGGCGCAUCACUCACGCUUUCCGUACCGCCCAUUGCCUACUGACUCGGAAACACGCUAUGCCCAAGCCCCUCUGA